AUUUUUUUCAAGAAGAAUCAGCCUCUUGCGGUGACCCUUGUAGUGCCGAAGAAUUUUUUGUUUACGGUUACCCUUGUGGUGUCGAGGAGUUUUCUGUUUGCGGUAACCUUCAUAGUGCCAAGAAGUCUUUUAAUUGCGGUAACCCUUGUGGUGCCGAGGAAUUUUCUGUUUGCGGUGACCUUAAUAGUGCCAAGGAAUUUUCUGUUUGCAGUGACCUUCACGGUGCCGAGAAGUCUUUUGCUUGCGGUAACUUUCAUAGUGACCUUUAUAGUGCCAACCAUUUUGUCACCCAUGACUAUUCUGUCAUCCAUGACCAUUCUGUCACCCACAAUCAUUCUGUCGCCCACAAUCAUUCUGUUCGUGACCAUUUUGUUGUUAAUAACCAUUCUGUUGUCCUUAACUAUUCUGUUGUCCUUGACCAUCCCGUUGUCUAUGAACAUUCUGUUGUCCAUAACCAUUCUUAUGAAGUUGUUCAUGACCUUGACCAAUCUGUUGUUUUUCAAGAGACUAAAAAUGGGUUAGAAGACCUCGAAAAAUAUUAUAAGAUGCAGAUUUAA